AGUACGAUGAAUAAAAAAAAGUUUCCUAUGAACCUUUAAAAAUCACACGUUUGUUACGUAGGCGCCGGGCGCCGAGUGUAGUUUCGUAAGGUUUCAUGACGUUUGCGAAAAAAUAGAAACAUCAUAAACCACGUGGGUUCUCUUGCAUCGCCGGUGACGAUUUUGCGCGGAAUUUCUUGGCAGCCUGUUUCUAUUUAAAUACUUCAAUUCCGUCAGUUGAGCGCUCAUUAUAUAGCACUAUAGUGUUGGGAUGAUACACUAGGGUACACGAMUAAUUAUUGUUAAUAUUUGUAUUAAAAUUUCCCUUCACCAUGUCGUUUCUCGAUAUCGUUUCGAAAUUCAACCAACAAGCCGACAGCCAUUCAAAAUCGCAGUCAUUGAACCCGUUUUCGGAACAAUUCGAACAGUCAAGAUCGCCAUCGCCUCGAUUUUCCAGGGAAGAAUACGGAAAACCUAUAGCGGGCUCUAAGACAGAUCUGAGAGGACGUAAAGCAAAGUCGCACAUUUGCCGUGAGAUUUUGGAACUGUGCACCGUCAUACACGAUGUCGGCACUUACAAUACGAAAAAAAGAGCCCCCGAUGACGAAGACCAAGAUAUCGACGAUGAUACAAUUAUCGUUAGUUUUGGUGAACUUUUUCAGAUUUACACGAAAAUAUCGGACAAGGUGGURGGUCUGUUGAUUGCAGCAAAACGCCGUGGUUUCGUGUAUUUCGAUCGGGAAAUACUUUUUCAAAGAAGAGAUGACGAUGUACUUAUUGCUCUGUUAAAACCCAUUUCCGAAAUCAGCAAAAUAUUAAAAGACGACAUAAGUCAGGCAAACUCAUCAUCGGCACCUGUGGAGUCGAAGCCAGUGGAAAAAAAAAAAUCAUCCAGUAAAACAAAACAAGUUAAACGCGAGUCUGAAAAAGAACAAAAUCAAACAUCAACUAAUCAUUUGACGAUAGAUGACCAACCAAAUGUCAUAUCAUCAGAAGUUACAAAUGAUAAUACACUGGUUAUAGAAACUGGAAUUAGUAACGACUGUAAAACAAAUCGUGACGAACUAAUAGACGUAAAAAUGUUUGAYKACGAAAAUGUCGGGAAAAACAAUGACGAUCAUAACUCAAACUGUAAUAAACGCAUCGAAGAUGAAUUCGAUGGAGGAGAAUUAGUUAAUAAUGUUAUUGAAAUUUCAGAAAAUAUGGAGAUCCAAUGUAAUCAAGUAGAAGAUAACAUAUCGGAAGGAGUGAAUGGYUUAAUUAUUGAUGACAAAACUGAGACAAAAAAAAACAAUAGUUUCAAUGAUGUGGUCAUUGAAAAUAAAAACGAAAACUGUGAUUUGGCAGCUGACGAUAAUAGUGGCGAAGAGCGGGCGGAAGUCGAAAAUGUUCAAAGUGAAACGUACGUUGAAAUUAAUAAAACUCAUAUGAACGACGGUCAAGUAGACGUGACAGAAGAAAGUAUAAACGAUGUCGUCAACGGUACAGAAAAUAUCACCAACACCGAAACAGAACACGCCCACAUGUGAUUUUAAUGAAAACCACUAAAAAUAUUCGGAAUAUCCGAAUGAUAAAUGUCUUCUUGGUACAUUUCUUAAAACAAUUCCAUAGAUAAGUUUAAAGUAUAAGACGAAGUUAAAAUAAUAUGUAUUGUAAGAACAAUAGAAUGUAAUUAAAAUAUACAAAAGUACUGCCAACACACCAAUCAUUUAGUACAUAUUAUUGUUUACAUCAAUAAAUAUAUUAUAAUUAUUAUAAUGUCAUUCAAUGCAAUAUUAGAUUACGAUAUUAUAUUAUAAUGUUAUUAUGAGUUAGGGUAAAUUUUUCAAUCACAAUAGAAACACUUAACUACGUUAUAUUUGCAGUAGGUUGAUUCUUAAUAAUAAUAUUAAUCGUACAUUAUUUUUGUAAAGAAUAUUUUAAUUUUUUUUUUUUUUUGUCCGAAAAAUAGAUAGGUACCUAGAGUUAAUUAAAUCUAUGUGUAAAUGUAUUAAAGGUUAGAAGUUACUUGUAACGUUUCAAAACGUCAAGUUUAAUAUUAUUGAAACUCAAUAGACCUGUUAAAAUAUAAAAAUAAUAUCACUUGUUUGCUAUGUAUUUAAAUUCAUACAUAAAUUGGUUUUAGAACAGGUAAAUUAAUAUGGAUUUUGGGUAUUAGUUGGGAUGCAUUUUUACUCAUAUUUUAUUUCUAUUAAGACACGAUAUCGUAACUAUUAAAAAAUCAUUUUAGUUUUAAUCAACUGUAAUUGGAAUUUAAUUCAUACCUGUUAUGAGUCAUUUAUUUUAUUUUUAUUUUACUUUUAGGUAUAUUUUUUUAUAAUGGGUUGUAAAAUCA